GUUCACAUCGUCACCAGCGUCUUGAUUUCCUGAAGGGGGAGGGGCUACACCGGACCAACCCACGAGGCUCUCCGCCUCUAUCACGUCCGCAGAUGAGGUUUAAGUAUACGGACCCUUACAGCGACGUGCUUAGUUUGUCGUAUUCAUCGGUGAGCAGUCCAGUGUAAAGAUGAGUGGCCGUGGUAAAGGAGGUAAAGGUCUGGGUAAAGGAGGCGCCAAGCGCCACCGCAAAGUCCUUCGUGAUAACAUCCAGGGAAUCACCAAGCCCGCCAUCCGCCGCCUGGCUCGCCGCGGCGGAGUGAAGCGUAUCUCGGGUCUGAUCUACGAGGAGACCCGCGGUGUCCUGAAGGUGUUUUUGGAGAACGUGAUUCGUGAUGCCGUCACCUACACCGAACACGCCAAGAGAAAGACCGUCACCGCCAUGGACGUGGUGUACGCCUUGAAGAGACAGGGACGCACCCUGUACGGCUUCGGCGGUUAAACUGAGAAACCAAACCCACACAAAGGCUCUUUUAAGAGCCGCCCA